GCGCUUAUCGAUAGGCAAUGUUUUGGUUUUGCUUGCUUUCGGCAUAAAAACGUAAUUUUCAUGCGGUUUUUGCGGCAAUUUAGAGGCGUUUUUCGUUUGCGUUGCUUAGAUAUUCUAGUGAAUCGGCCGCAAAUCAAAAACAAUAAACAAUUCUCGUGGUUGUCAACAAUGCAGAGUCCCAAACUACUGAGGAAUGCGCAAACCCAGCAUGGAGAUGCCUCAUCCGUGGACGUGGAGAACAUAUUCCUGCACCGCCACAUGCUGUCCACAAAUCCCACUUCGGGUGUCAAUCUCCACGAUCGGGAAGAUAACCCAAAAUGCGUGUGGUUUCCAGACGACCAGGAUGGGAGUCCAGCUGAAAGCAAAGAUCCACCGAUUUCCAUAUCAGAGGCAAAGUCUGAAACGCAAUCAAAAGAAGUUCUGCCGGAAAAGCGAAAAGCUAGCAGCACAGAUGACGAAGGCUAUGUGAAAAAAGUAAAAUUAGAUGCCAAUGGGCUAAAAACCAAGCGUCCUGGAUUCAGCGAUGAAAGAUACGACGAAACAUCGUAUUAUUUUGAGAAUGGUCUGCGAAAGGUGUAUCCCUAUUUUUUCACAUUCACCACGUUCGCCAAAGGACGUUGGGUUGAUGAGAAAAUUCUGGAUGUAUUUGUCCGCGAAUUCCGAGCCGCUCCGCCCGAGGAAUAUGAGCGCAGCCUGGAAGCAGGAAAAUUGACUGUUAACUCUGAGAAAGUGCCCAAGGACUAUAGAAUCAAGCACAAUGAUCUGCUGGCCAAUGUGGUGCAUAGACACGAAGUCCCUGUUACUUCACAGCCCAUCAAGAUUGUAUACAUGGACAAGGAUAUUGUGGUUGUGAAUAAGCCGGCAUCGAUACCCGUACAUCCUUGUGGAAGAUAUAGACACAACACGGUGGUUUUCAUCCUGGCCAAGGAGCAUAAUCUGAAGAACCUGCGAACCAUCCACAGAUUGGAUCGUCUCACUUCUGGUCUGCUUUUGUUUGGACGGACUGCUGAAAAAGCCCGCGAACUGGAGCUGCAAAUCCGAACUCGACAAGUGCAAAAGGAAUACGUUUGCCGCGUUGAGGGACGCUUUCCAGAUGGCAUAGUUGAAUGCAAUGAGAAAAUUGACGUCGUGAGCUACAAAAUUGGUGUUUGUAAGGUUUCACCGAAGGGCAAGGACUGUAAGACCACAUUUAAAAGAAUCGGCGAAGUGGGCAGUGACAGUAUUGUUUUGUGCAAACCACUUACAGGACGAAUGCACCAAAUACGAGUGCAUUUACAAUACUUGGGUUAUCCCAUUUCAAAUGAUCCCUUGUACAACCAUGAGGUUUUCGGUCCAUUGAAAGGAAGAGGAGGAGAUAUCGGUGGAAUAAGCGAGGAGCAGUUGAUCAGUAACCUAAUUAGCAUUCAUAAUGCAGAAACCUGGUUGGGUUUGGAAGAAGAUCAAAUCGUAUCAGGGGAAAUAAAAGACGCAGCAGCGAGUACUUCAGUAGUAGAAAACCCUAUUAAUAGUGAGACGGAAAAGCCUGUGAUUACGCAAAACCUUGAACCAAGUAACGAAAUUGCCACCCAAACGUGCUAUGAAGAGCCAGACAGGUCUUUUGAUUCCAAGAAGGCAACUUCGGAUCCGCAAUGUUCUGAAUGCAAGUUAAACUACAGAGACCCUGGCACAAAGGAUCUCAUAAUGUACUUGCAUGCAUGGAAAUAUAAGGGAGUUGGUUGGGAGUACGAAACCGAACUGCCGGACUGGGCGUGUAAUUCCAAUAUUGAUUACGACCAAGUGUAAAUGGCAAACAUGACGCUUUAGUAAAAAGAUCUAUUUUUACAGAGUAUAA